AUGAAGCAGCCGCCAGGGUAUGAAGACCCAACUCAUCCGGAUCAUGUCUGUCUUUUACAACGCUCGCUCUAUGGGAUUAAGCAGGCCCCACAUGCGUGGUUCAAAAGACUACAUGACUUUUUAUUGUCUGCAGGGUUUUUCUCAUCCAAGACUGAUGUCUCAUUAUUUUACCACUCGACGGGUGUAUCUAAAGUGUUUCUCCUCGUCUAUGUAGACGACAUCAUCAUGAUGGGCAGUGAUGCAGUUAUGGUUGAGUCUCUGUUACGCCGUCUCGCCACCGCGUUCAAAAUUCGUGACCUCGGCACACCAGGGUUCUUUUUGGGCAUAGAGACAGUUGCGGCAGGUAACAGUAUGAUUCUGUCCCAACGGAGGUACAUGAUAGAUCUUUUGGGCCGCUCUGGGAUGUCUGACUGCAAGCCUCUCACUACACCAGCUUCGGUUACUCAAGCGGUGACUCCGUCUUAUCAGCCCUAUGAGAACCCUACGCAGUAUCGUCGUAUCGUCGGUGCACUACAGUAUCUGACUAUCACACGGCCAGAUCUAGCUUACGUAGUCAACCGCUUGUGUCAGUUUAUGCAUUCUCCGACUGAAGAUCAUUGGGCAAUGGUGAAACGUGUGUUACGGUAUAUCAAGGGUACUCUGGGUUACGGUCUUCGGCUAACUCCCUCCGACUCGAGUGCCAUCCAUGCCUACUCUGACUCCGACUGGGCUGGAUGUCCGGUAGACAGGAAGAGCACCAGUGGCUAUGCUAUUUUUUUAGGAAGUAAUCUAGUAUCCUGGCUAUCUCGGAAGCAGCGCACCAUAGCUCGCUCCUCUACUGAAGCAGAGUACAAAGCCUAG